AUGGAUAGUUUCCUGGAAGUACAGAAGAGCACCAUCGCCCUGCUGGGAUUUGAUUUGUUUAGUGAAAACCGUGAGAUGUGGAAACGUCCCUACAGAGCCAUUAAUGUCUUUGGAAUAGCUGCCAUUUUUCCCUUCAUCCUGGCUGCUGUUCUCCACAAUUGGAAGAAUGUAAUGCUGCUGGCGGAUGCCAUGGUGGCUCUAUUAAUUACCAUUCUAGGACUCUUCAAGUUCAGCAUGAUACUUUACUUGCGACGGGAUUUUAAGCGAUUGAUUGAUAAGUUUCGCUUACUGAUGGCAAAUGAAUCGGAACAAGGAGAAGAGUAUGCCGAGAUUCUUAAUACCGCAAACAAGCAGGAUCAACGUAUGUGCACCUUGUUCAGGACCUGUUUUCUUCUCGCCUGGGCUCUGAAUAGUGUGCUGCCCUUUGUGAGAAUGGGACUCAGUUAUUGGCUGGCAGGACACGCUGAGCCAGAGCUGCCUUUUCCCUGUCUAUUUCCCUGGGACAUCCACAUCAUGCGAAACUAUGCCUUGAGUUUUAUUUGGAGUGCCUUUGCAUCAACUGGUGUGGUUUUACCUGCUGUUAGCUUGGAUACCAUAUUCUGCUCCUUCACCAGCAAUCUGUGUGCCUUUUUCAAAAUCGCACAGUACAAGGUUUUAAGAUUCAAAGGCGGAAAUCAUAGGGAAUCACAGGCCACUCUUAACAAAGUGUUUGCCCUUUAUCAAACGAGUUUGGAUAUGUGCGCCGACUUGAAUCUCUGCUACCAACCCAUUAUUUGUGCCCAGUUUUUCAUCUCUUCGCUGCAACUUUGCAUGCUGGGUUACCUGUUUUCCAUUACCUUUGCCCAGACAGAGGGCGUGUACUACGCCUCUUUCAUAGCCACCAUCAUUAUACAGGCCUAUAUCUACUGCUAUUGCGGGGAGAAUCUGAAGACGGAGAGUGCCCUGUUUGAGUGGGCCAUCUACGACAGUCCGUGGCACGAAAGUUUGGGAGCUGGUGGCGCCUCCACUUCCAUCUGCCGAUCCCUACUGAUCAGCAUGAUGCGGGCCCAUCACGGAUUUCGCAUCACUGGCUACUUUUUCGAGGCCAACAUGGAGGCCUUCUCAUCGAUUGUUCGCACAGCCAUGUCCUACAUUACCAUGCUGAGAUCCUUCUCUUAA